GUAGUCGUACAGCGAGCAGAUCUAUUGUUUUAAAUUUCUAGUCACGAAAUCAUAAAUUUGCAAAAGUAAUGUAAAGUUUUGGAACGUCAAAACCAGUUAUUAUUAACUAAUUUACAUUUAUAUAAAUGAAAAUCAAUGUUUGCUUGUUCCCCUAUGCGUUUCUAAACGAUUGGACUGAUUAAGAUUAUACAUUGUAAAAUUUAAAAAAAAAACACCAGAGAACUGUAAUUUUUUUCCUCAUCACAUAGAUACCUGUUAAGCAGUUAUAUCUCCUAUAUUUUGUGUCAAUCUGCCUGUUUCCAACCGUUAGACAACUAUUUCGCUUCGUAGACCAUGAAGAUCUGUCAUAGUACGCCAGUUCCAAUUCAAAUCUGUGUGCAACAUGACUGUUUUAGUUCCUACAUCAUUUUUAUAUUUUAUUCUAUUAUUUCACUUUACAUUUGGUGAAAUGACAACCGAAGAAAUUCAAGUACUCAAUGAACUACCAAUAGACAAGCUUUUAAGAAUAAAAAAUUCAUUACAAGAAGUUUCAACAACGGAUAACAUGACUGUAACAGAACCAACGUUGGUAGAAACAUUCGGAGCUCAAGCAAUGGCUAUACGAUCACCUAUCAAACGUACAGAUUACGAAGAUGGAUAUAAAAAAGAAGUUAGUAAAAUAAGUAAUAUAUUUUCAAUGUCAGUAACAACUUUAGCGUUUCUCGCGUUUGGUGGUUACUUGCUUUGUUUGAUAGUUCAAGCGAUCAAGUCUAAGCAUAGUACCGCAAAUGUACCACAAUCAACGUUUGUAUUGAAUGCAGGGAUAAAACGACCACAAACAUUUGCGUCUUACGGCCGAAGGAAAAGAGAAGCUGUAACAAAUGAAAUUGAUUUACCACCAGAACAAUUGUUCUCAGCUUUGAUACAACUCUGUGAGGGAUACGCUAAAUGGAACGGCGUCGGUUAA